UGUUCUACAAGGUUCCUGAAAACGAUGUCGUUUUGCUCUUCUCUAUCAUCGCCUCAAUCACUCUCUCUCUUCUCCAAAACAAGACCCUCAACAGUCUCCUUCACCCCUCGCUUCCGAGCUUCCGCCGACGCCGACGUUCCUGAUUUCCUCUCUGCAGACUGGCUUGAAUCUCGCAAGAAACGACCUUUUGGUCCGAGAUUAAAUUUUAGUGCAGAAGAAGCUGUACAACAUCAGCUUGAUGCUUUAAAGUACAACGACCAGCCUCGUCAAGAUUAUGGCAUUGAGGUUAUGUACAGGGUAUGUUUCCCAAUAUUCCUGGCUUUCUUUAUUUUCUUUGUUUUUCUACUGUGUUAAUUCCGAAAAUGCUCCCCAAA